AUGUCUAAUGAUAUUGAAAAUCAGCUUAGUGAAAAAAUCAAAAAAUCAAUUUUUUACGCAAUACAGCUCGACGAAUCUACUGAUAUAAAUAAUGAAGCUAUAUUAUUGAUGUAUGUGAGGUAUGUAGAUACUGAUCUGAACGAUAUACAAGAAGAGUUUUUCUGUUGCUUAAAUUUAAAAACAUACUGUACUUCUGAAGAAAUUUUCAAAACCAUUUCAUCUCACUUCCAAAAAAUUAAUUUACAAUUUUCUAACUGUAUCGGUAUUUGUACUGAUCGAGCUGCAGCUAUGACCGGAAAAUUUAAUGGCCUUGUCACACGCGUUCAACAAAUUGCUCAUAAAAACAUUAUAUCAACACACUGUUUCAUCCAUCGUGAGCAAUUAGCCGCUAAAGAUAUGAACGAAAACCUAUUUGACGUUCUAAAUAUAUGCAUAAAAAUAGUAAAUUUUAUUCGAGCUAGUGCCGUAGACACUCGCGUUUUUAAAGUGAUGUGUGAAGAAAUGGGUUCAGGUUUUAAAAAUUUGCUAUUACACACUCAUGUUCGAUGGUUGUCGCGAGGAAAAGUUUUGACUAGGUUAUUUGAACUGAAAACGGAAGUAGAAAUAUUUUUAAGAGACAAAAAAUCACCACUUAGUGAUUAUUUCGAAAAUAAUGUGUGGUUAGCCAAACUUGCAUAUCUUUCCGAUAUAUUUUCAAUUCUUAAUGAAUUAAAUUUAAAAGAACACUUAGGUAGAUUAAGAGAAAAAAUGUCCAAAUAUUUCGACCCCACAAAAGACAUUCGUAAAAAUUGUAAUUGGGUAAUAAAUCUAUUCGUACAAUCUGAUCAAAAUAUACUAUCAUUAACAAAUGAAGAAAAGUUGAUUGAAUUGAGUGCAGAUGUGGGCUUACACGAGAUUUUCAGAAGCAAUAAAAAUAUAGGUCAAUUUUGGAUAAAGGUUCAAAAUGAAUAUCCUAGUUUGGCUGAAGAAGCAUUAAAAUUACUUAUUCCUUUUCUACUACAUAUUUGUGUGAAAAUGGUUUUUCCACAUUAA